AUGUCUGGGAAGUCGGCAAAGGGCGUUGUCAUUCAGUCUCUGCACAAUUUGCUAGGCUGGCGUCCAAAACCAGGUGCCUCCUUAUGGCUCCACGAGUGGAUUCGAUAUCAAGCCUAUACACUUUGGCUCUUCUGCUUCAGUGAUCUGAAGACCAUGGUCUUUCCCAGUAUUGCCUUUGCAUUCUUCCACUCGGGUCAACUUGAGUGGACUACGUUUCUCUACCGUCUACCUUGGAUGUUUGCCUAUACCUGGUUCAACCUUCUCGGAUUCACAGUCAACAAUCAGCGACAUCCCGGCUCAGUAGCUGAAGACAAGCUGAACAAGCCAUGGCGACCUAUUGCCGCCGGCCGUCUGACUCCGGUCCAAGCUCACAUGUUGGGUCUUGUAUCUAUCCCAGUGGCCUUAUCGGUGAGCGUCUUGGUCGGGGGUGGCGUGGUCCAGAGUGCGCUCCUAGCGAUCUUCGGCACCAUCUACAAUGACUUUGGGGGCGGUGAUGGCCACUGGCUCAUUCGGAACCUGCUCAAUGCGGCUGGAUUUACAUCAUUUGCCUCGGGUACUCUUGAGGUUGCCUUGCAAUCACCUCUCCCACAAUCGAUGACCCCCUGGAUCUUGUUGAUUGCUCAUGUCGUCGGUACCAGUGUCCACGUGCAGGACAUGUAUGACCAAGCCGGGGAUGCUGCCGCGGGUCGACGGACCCUGCCAUUGGUGAUUGGCGACGGAAUGGCGCGAUGGAACAUCGCGGUUGUCGUGACUGCCUGGAGCGUCCUAUGUCCUCUGUAUUGGGCGUCCAACACACUUGGAUACGUGGGGCCGCUGGGGCUGGGGAUAUGGGUUAGCUUGCGCUCGCUAACCAAGCGUACGGUGGAGGAGGACCGAACGACCUUUCGGAUCUACAACGCAUGGCUUGUGGCGCUGUAUGCCCUGCCAAUGGCCCAUCGAUACAUUGUCUCUGUAUGA